AUGGCGCAAAGUUCCAAUGCUACAGCGCAAGCAAUGGCAGCGGCAGCAGAGGCUCUGCUCCAAGGGCCAGGCUUGCAACCUCCACUUGGAGUGAUCCCCAACCUCACGGAUCCACCCUCCCAAGUUCGCUGGGUGUACAUCACAUUGCCAAUUUGUUUGGCUGUGAGCACACCAUUCGUCUGGAUAAGACUGUGCACAGUGUUCUUCAUUCUCAAGUCGCAUGGAUGGGCGGACUAUGCCUCCGCGACGGCGUGGGCAUUCCUGGUGGGGUACUGUACAUCGAUGUACUUCACCGCCGAAUAUGGCGGCGGAGUCCAUCAAUGGGAUGUACCACUGGGUCGUGUUUUAGAAUUCGCAAAGCUAGCAAACACAACCGAAAUCCUCUACAGCCCUGCCAUCUUCCUCGCCAAACUUUCCAUCCUCCUCAUGUAUCGCCGCCUUUUCGACACAGCCGGGACCGGCAAAACCCACUAUCUCAUCCACAUCCUCAUCUGGGCCAACCUCGCUUUCUACUUCCCCUACCUCUUCGCCAGCAUCUUCCAAUGCGUACCCCGCGCUCGCAUCUGGAAUCCCACCCUCAAAGGCGGCUGUGUCAACCUGCAAGCCGCCUUCAUCGCCGCUUCCGCGAUCAACGUCGUCUCCGACUUCUCAAUCCUCCUCCUCCCACUCUACCGCAUCUCAAAACUCAAACUCCCAACCAGGCGCAAGGUCGGCGUCUUGGCCAUCUUUGCCGUCGGCUUAUUCACCUGCAUCGCCUCCAUCAUGCGCUUCGUCGUCUCCUUCCACACCGGCAACCCGGACAAGACGUACUACCUCCAACCCCCGGCCCUCUGGUCCGCCGGCGAACUCGCCUCCGCCAUCCUCUGCGGCUGCAUGCCCGCCACCGCCGCCUUCGUCAACCACGUCUCGCCCAAGCUGGCCCACACGUGGAGCCUCUACCUGCGCCCGUCGCCGGACGGCACGCCCCGGGCCGGGGGUGCGCCGCGGGCCCCGUUGCCCAGGAGCAGUUGGAGAGCGCCCAGGGCGUGGAACGAGAGUUAUCUGUUGAGGAGUGGGAGUGAUGGGGAGGGGGAGGUGGGGAUGAGGCAGCUGGUUAGUCAUUGUAGCGAUGAGGGGGCGAGGGAGAGGGUGGAGGAGCAUUUGCAGUGGAGUGGGUGGAGGAGGUGA